GAGUUUUAAGGACGCCUUCAUUUCCAUAAAUGGUUUGAGUGACCUGAAACAUGUUUUUCAAUACUUUUCUCAAUAUUUAGGAAGUAGACAUCACAGUCAGAAGUAUUAAUUUCAAUUCAACCUCAAAAACCACAAAAGACAUGCUACAAGAACCCUGUACUUGCUUUACUAGUUCACAAUAAUUUAUUGUUUUUUCUAUAUAUUCAAAACACUUUUAGACCUUUUUUUUUUUACUCAAAAAAUACAAUAGAUGUUAUCUUUUGAACACUCUCCAUGAAAAUGAAUAAAGAUUUUUACAGAUUUUUCAUGAUUUCAUCUAAGCAUCACUAUUUCAAAUUAAAGGUCAGAAUGCAGUCUUUGACGGAUGAGUACUCUUCUUGCAUAUUAAUAAAUUACAGUUUCUCUGUAAAAAAUCAAUUAAAAAAAUCAGUCACCAAAUAACAAAACUAUAGUCUUUAAGCUUUCGAUAAUAUAUCGUUUGUCAAGAUUAAUUUAGGUUCAGACUAAGAUAUUACUGUUUAAAUUAUGGUGGGCCCGUGACAUUUAACAGGUUAAUAAAGGAUGAAAAGGACGUUUGCAGACAUUCACUGGUCAAACACCGAAACUGCUUUUGAGUGAUAUCACCUCUAGAUAAAAUAUAUUUCUAAGAAAUUUCUUCUUCGAAUUAUGAUUCCUAAUACACACUUAGUUUGUUAACAUUUAAUCAUAUGGUCGCACGGUCAAUUCAUGUUUACACUGUUAAUAUGCACACAUUAGCUUUAUAUAGCUAACUUUUUUUUAUUUAGCUCUUCAAAAGUAUAAACGCAGUAAACGUUUUUACUACAGUAAUGUCUUAGUAACAUAAAAGAAAUUACAGAAUCAGAUCACUGUGGAAUCUUUAUAUUUUACAAUGCAGAUAUAUAGAUCUAUCUAUCUAUCCAUCAUCCAUCCAUCCAUCUAUCUAUCUUCUGAGCUCUAUCUAUCUAUCUUGAGCUCUGGCACAAUUCAAACUUUUCACUGCAACUGUUUUCACAAUAUGUGAUUAAUGUUUUCACUGCUGGCUUAUUUUAGGAAAAGUGUAGUGAAUAAGAGACCUUCAAGAGACCAAUAUCCAUGUUCCUCCACAGUAUCAAGUUUUGUCAGACCUGAAAUCAUGUUUCACAUCAAUGAGCAAGAAAAUAUGAACUCAGCUUGUGAAAUGAGUGUGUGUGAUGAGAGAGAGCAGGAGGCUCCUGUUGACGCUCAGAGAGCAGGGUUUCCAGGAUUCAGCUGUGUGUCUAUGAAGAGUAACAACUCCAUGAAUCAUCCCCCUUGUAAUCUCAGUGAUGAGCCUGCUGGAAGCUCUGACCCUGUUGGUUGGAGAGCUGACCAGAUCAGACAUGUGUCCUCACAGACCGGCACAUCCUCCUGCAAUCAGAACCACUACAGUCAUCAUGACACAGAAACAGAUGUGCUGCUCCAUCCUCACCAACCACUUCUUUAUGAUCUGCAGAGAGUCAAAGACCAGCACAAAACCAGCAUGAGGAACACGUAUGAGAGAUUAUUUGAGGGAUUCAAACUACAAGAGAAUCAAACCCUCCUGAACAGGAUUUACACACAGCUGUACAUCAUAGAGGGAGAGAGUGAAGGAGUGAAUGAAGAACAUGAAGUGCUACAGAUGGAGAAAAGUUACAGGACACUCCAAGACACUCCAAUCAACUGCAAUGACAUCUUUAAUCCUUUACCUGAACCAGGAUAUGAGGAGAAGAGAAGAGAGAAAAAAGACACAGUAAAGACUGUUCUUACUAAAGGCAUCGCUGGAAUUGGAAAAACCGUCUCUGUGCAGAAGUUCAUUCUGGACUGGGCCGAGGGAAAAGCCAUUCAGGAUGUAGAUUUCAUGUUUGUGCUUCCAUUUAGAGAACUGAACUUGAUUAAAGAUCAUCAGUACAGUCUUCACAGACUUCUGCUUGACUUUCAUUCUGAACUUAAAGAUCUGGACUCAAAGAUUUAUGAUGAAUGUAAAGUUGUGUUCAUAUUUGAUGGUCUGGAUGAAAGCAGAAUUUCACUGAUGUUUUCAGACAGUCAGAAAGUUUCUGAUGUGACUGAGAUUUCAUCAGUGGGUCUGUUGAUGUCAAACCUCAUGAGAGGAGAUCUGCUUCCCUCUGCUCUCAUCUGGAUCACCACCAGACCAGCAGCAGCCAAUCAGAUCCCCUCCAACUACAUCAACCGUGUGACAGAGAUUCAGGGAUUCAAUGACCCUCAGAAGGAGGAAUAUUUCAGGAAGAGAAUCAGUGACAAGCAUCAAGCCAACAGAAUCAUCUCACACAUCAAAACAGCAAGAAGCCUCCACAUCAUGUGUCACAUACCCGUCUUCUGCUGGAUCUCAUCCACUGUGCUUCAAAACAUCCUGAAACAAGAUCUCAGUGCAGAAAUCCCUCAAACUCUGACUGAAAUGUACAUCUACUUCCUGCUCAUUCAAACAAAGAUGAGGAACCAGAAGUAUGAAGAGAGCGAUCCAGAGAAACUCCUGCAGUCCAACAGAGAAGUGAUUGUGAAACUUGCUGAACUGGCUUUCAAUCAGCUGAUGAAGGGCAAUGUGAUGUUUUAUGAGGAGGACCUGAGAGAGAGCGGUAUAGACGUCACUGACGCCUCAGUGUAUUCUGGGAUCUGCACUGAGAUCUUUAGAGAUGAAUCUGUGAUUUAUCAGAGGAAGGUUUACAGUUUUGUACAUCUGAGCUUUCAAGAGUUUUUUGCAGCACUGUAUGCGUUUUACCACUAUUUACACAAGAACAGUGAGGUUCUGAAAAUGUUCCUGAAGGCUUCUCUGGAUGUGUUUCUGGAGGGAGCAAUGAAUAAAGCCUUGGAGAGUAAAAAUGGACACCUGGAUCUUUUCCUUCGAUUUCUUCAUGGCAUCUCACUGGAGUCCAAUCAGAGACUCUUACAGGAUGUGCUGAUACAUACAGAGAACGACCCAGAGAUCUUCACGAAAAUAAUCCAAAACCUCAAACAAGGUCAAAAAGACAAUGUCAGUCCGGAAAGAUUGAUGAAUCUGUUACACUGCUUGACUGAGAUGAAAGAUAAUUCUCUUGUUGAAGAAGUGCAGGUGCUUUUAAAGUCUAAAGCAAAAAGUAAAAGUCUUACUCUUGCACAAUGUUCAACUUUGGCAAACAUGAUCCUGAUGUCAGAGGAAGUGCUGGAUGAGUUAGACCUUAAAAAGUACAAUAUCAAAUCAAAAGAGGGUCGAUGGAGACUGCUACCUGCUGUGAGAAACUGCAGAAAAGCCAUAUUGGCAGGCUGUCAUCUCUCUGAUCAGCACUGUGAAGUCAUGGCUUCAGCUCUACAGUCAUCAAACUCUUCUCUGAGAGAGCUGGACCUGAGUCACAAUGACCUGCAAGAUUCAGGACUGAAGCAUCUCUGUGCUGGACUGAAGAGUCCAAACUGUCAACUCAACAUAAUGAGAUUGGCAGGCUGUCAUCUCUCUGAUCAGCACUGUGAAGUCAUAGCUUCAGCUCUACAGUCAUCAAACUCUUCUCUGAGAGAGCUGGACCUGAGUCACAAUGACCUGCAAGAUUCAGGAUUGAAGCAGCUCUGUGCUGGACUGAAGAUCCCAAACUGUCAACUCAACAUACUGAGAUUGGCAGACUGUAAUCUUUCUGAUCAGCACUGUGAAAUCAUAGCUUCAGCUCUACAGUCAUCAAACUCUUCUCUGAGAGAGCUGGACCUGAGUCACAAUGACCUGCAAGAUUCAGGACUGAAGCAGCUCUGUGCUGGACUGAAGAGUCCAAACUGUCAACUCAACAUACUGAGAUUGGUAAGCUGUCAUCUCUCUGAUCAGCACUGUGAAAUCAUAGCUUCAGCUCUACAGUCAUCAAACUCUUCUCUGAGAGAGCUGGACCUGAGUCACAAUGACCUUCAAGAUUCAGGAGGAAAGCAGCUCUGUGCUGGACUGAAGAGUCCAAACUGUCAACUCAACAUACUGAGAUUGGCAGACUGUAAUCUUUCUGAUCAGCACUGUGAAAUCAUGGCUUCAGCUCUACAGUCAUCAAACUCUUCUAUGAGAGAGCUGGACCUGAGUAAAAAUGACCUCCAAGAUUCAGGACUGAAGCAGCUCUGUGCUGGACUGAAGAGCCCAAACUGUCAACUCAACAUACUGAGAUUAUCUGGCUGUAUGGUAACAGCAGAAGGUUGUGCUGCUCUGGCAUCAGCUCUGAGUUCAAACCCCUCACACCUGAGAGAGCUGGACCUGAGCUACAAUCACCCAGGAGAUUCAGGAGCGAAGCUGCUCUCUGAUUCACUCAAACAUCUGGACAAACUCAGUGUGGAUCACGGAGGAGAGUUCAGGAUCACAGCAGGACUCCACAAAUAUGCCUGUGAUCUCACACUGGAUCAAAACACAGCAAACAGAAACCUCGUUCUGUCUGAGGAGAACAGAAAGGUGACGCAUGUCUCUGAGUCACAGUCAUAUCCUGAUCAUCCGGACAGAUUUGAUCAUUAUUAUCAGGUUCUGUGUUCAGAGAGUCUGACUGGACGCUGUUACUGGGAGACUGAAUGGAGCCGAGAAGCUGAAAUAGCAGUGUGUUAUAAAGAAAUCAAGAGGAAACGAGGGAGUGGUGACUGUGUGUUUGGACGUAAUGUGAACUCCUGGAGUCUGAGAUGCUCUGAUCAAGGAUUCAUUGCUCAUCACAAUGAUAAAGACACUCGUAUCUUUGUUGCUCCAGACUCCUCUAAGAGAGUGGCAGUGUUUCUGGACGAGUGGAGCGGCUCUCUGUCCUUCUACAGCGUCUCUGACACACACACACUCACACACUUACACACAUUCACACACACAUUCACUCGACCUCUACACGCUGGAUUUAGACUUUAUUAUACAAACUCUUCAGUGUCUCUGUGUCACAUUAAACACUAAACACACACACUCACUCACUCACUCACUCACUCACACACACACUCACUGAUAAAUAUGUGAAAACUAAUAUGUCAUAUUUACUCUACUGUAUCAUAUUUCUCAGGCUGUAUUUUCAUGAGUUCAUGUCAUUUUAAGGUUAUAGAGUUCAGAAUAAAAUUACUGUAUCGUCCAUUCUUCUAU